AUGACUCAGAUACUGCAAGAACCGGACUUUCCUCCCAUACAAGACUCGAAAACCCUUGAAGACUUUCGCAUCCCGGAUAUCCCGCCAGCUGCGUUCUAUAUUCCAAAUUUCAUCACAGAGGAAGAAGAGGCCUAUCUACUUGAGAGACUUGAAUCAAGCCCCAAACCGAAAUGGAAGACUGUUGGCAGCGGUAGAAGACUUCAAUACUGGGGCGGGACAAUGUCCAAAGGUGGCAUCCUUCUACCCGAAGAGAUUCCGGAGUUCUUUACUACGUUCCCAGAUCUCAUAGGCCGGCUCAAGCAGACGUUGCAGAAAGCUGGGGCAGAUGGAUUGACAAUGGAACCUAAUCAAGUUCUAGUCAAUGAGUACCAGAGCGGACAAGGAAUAUCCCCCCACGAGGAUGGCCCGGCAUUUGAGCCUCUUGUUGCUACCAUCUCUCUCGGCUCUCAUACGGUUUUGGACAUCCAUCAUUACAUCUCAACGACCUCUCCUUCUCCACCUAUGGUAGCUAUACCACCCCCUGAGGGUGACGAAGCUCGCCCUGUCGCCGCAGUCCCAUUGGCACAUCUGCUCUUACUCCCUCGCUCCCUUCUCAUCAUUUCCGCAUCUCUGUAUGUGUCCCAUCUGCACGCCAUAGGCGAGAAGAACGAGGAUGCAGUAAAAGGAAGAGGUACUGCGAGCGAGAACGAGGUGGUAAUCGCCAACGCCGCCCUAUUAGGAGAGGCCAAUAUCGUAAAUCACCUGGAACAAGGGCAUACGUGGAUACGAGCACGAGGGACUCGUACCAGUCUGACUUUUAGACGUGCUCUGCGUGUUGUAAAGGGUGGGGCAUUAGGUAAAGCAAUGGGUGCUCUGAGACGGCCUUGA